AUUAGCUAACUUGGGACAGUUUUUAUUAUUUAUUAUUACUUAUCAUGUGAAAUUGUUUGGCGCUAGAGAGAACAUGACAAAUGUUAUUUAUAGAUGGAAAAAUAAAAUGUGUUUGUCACUGAAAUAAAAAAGAACUGUAAAAUAUAAAACUAAAAUAAAAAAGAACUGUAAAAUAUAAAACUAAGAAGGUAAGUGUCAGCUACAGCCAUAGACUCUAAAAAAAUAUGGACGUAGUGUCCGUGACGUCACCCAUAGACUCCGGUUUUAAAAGCUCAAAGUGUGCAGAGAAAAAUAAAAAAUAAAUAAAUCAAAGUUUGCAGAGCAGGCCAUCGCCAUCUUGGCAGCGCGUGACCGCGCGACGGAUAAUCGAAAAUGGGCCAAAAGGCGGGAGCUGAUUGCUGAGGCCACGCCCACCUAGCGCGACGGCAUUGUCAGCAGCGGCAAUCCACCUGUCAAUCAAGUGGCCACGCCCUUAAUUAUGCAGAACUUUAAGUCUUAAUAUAAUUUAAACGGAUGAGUUUUUACAAAAUUUACCCCCCUCACAGUUGUCAUGAAGGGCAAAAUUAUUAAGACCAAAAUCAUUUUUUGAACCAGGCUGUAAACGUUUUUUUUUUUGCUGUAAAGUUGGGCAUUUUAACAUGGGAAGUCUAUGGGACUCACUCCCUUUUGCAGCCAGCCUCAAGCGCCCAGUCGAUGAAUUGCAGUUUUUGUCACUUAAUUGGCUUCACGAGAGAGAGCGCGAGGUUGCUGCUCGGCUACAGCAGGCAUGACACUGCAACGGUACGUGCAUGCGCAUUUGCGCGUGUAUUCGCGGGCGCGCUCUCUGCUUCGCGGUUAAAAAGUCCGUUGGUCUCUGCAGUCGAUCUUUGGGCUUACUGAUUAGAUCCACAGGAAAAUUUCUGAAGGGGUGAACUGAAGAAAAAGGAGAUGUUUCUCAUUGUUAUUUUUGAAUCUACUAAUGAAGUGGAAGUAGUCCCUGACAUUUGGGUGAAAAAUAACACCUGUUUGUGGCCACCGUACAAACGUGAAGAAACUGUAAAAGCAGUGAAAUCACAGGAACCACCUGGAGCACGUUGGAUUCCCUACAAAGUACGCAUCAUAUUAAGCAAAGUUACAUAUGAAGAAGCAAGACUCAAACUGCCAGAGGCUGAACGAUUCACAGAUUUGACAGAUUCAGAAGACUCUCCACUCAAACGUAGACGGAGAAGAAUGAAGAAGAAUGUAGUCCUUGAAGAGGAAGACAGUGAAAGUGAGAGGCAGCAAGCAUCCACACUACCCAGCCCUCCCAAAAUGGCUUCUGCAAAGAAGCGGCCUUAUUCACUCUCCCUGCUUUCACAGUCGUCUCCUACAGCCGUCAACGUAGGAUGCUCAGGCAAUGAAAGGACUGCUGUCAGUGAAUUGUGCUCCGAAAGAAGGUGCAACAUAACACCUACCCCACUGUCAAGAAUUAGAGAGGAUGUUGAUUCUCUCAGUGGAGGAAACAUCACACCAUCCCAGGUCAGAACUGACCAUUCCGGCAUAUUGAUUAAUAGAAGAACCACAGCUACACCAACUCAUGCCCAAAAUGCAGACUUCAGUGAAUCUGUGAUACGAACCAUCCUGACCAAUCAAGAAGUCAUCAAAGAUCAGAUGGGCAUUUUGGUGAAGCUAGUUCAUCAGUUAAAGGGGACUGCAGAAGAGAGCCCAUCUCUACCACCGGAAACCCUUCCGGUUGCAACCCUUCAAGAGCUUCUGGUUUUGGAGGGAAAGCUGCUUGAUCAAGAAUUCAAGAAAACUCUGACGAUUACCUUGGCACAAAGAGGAGGUACAGCCGUUAAGGACACUGUUUGGAGAAUGAUGGGAUACCUCUUGACCAAUGAACUUGCCAGACAGAUGAAUUGGAAAGGAGCCAAUGGCAAGGCAGCCUUCAAGAACCUUAUUCUAAGAGGGAUAAUCAAUGAGGCUGUACGAAGAAACCGACUUACAGCAACAACAACAGAUCAAGAAACUGAACUGUGGAUUAAAAGGUGGCUCCAUCUUGCUGGAGACAGAGAUGGAGGACGCCGUGCCAGGCAGCGAACUGAUAACUGAUGUAACCGAGACAGUCUACUUGUUGAGAACAAUGCUAUAGUUCAGCAUACUUUCAGCUACAUUAAUUGUUGUGACAAAUUUAAAGUUUAAUUUGUUUUGUUAACUUUGUUCAAUGUGGCUUAGUUUUAUUCUGUUUUCAGCCAUUAUAAUGGGUGUUUUUUGCAUUGGAGCAACCAUCAAAAAAUAUAUUUAACGCUAGGCAGAGGUGCUGUCAUUUCGUGAACACAAGUUGAUUGUGACAGAGGACAUUAGACACUAUUUUUUCCCAAAACUUACAAGGGGGAAUGCAAACGUUGUUCCACAGGAGCUCACGGACUGCAGAUGUGCCCACAGGCAUUUUUUGUUUAUUGGCCCAUUCAGAAAAUCUAACAUUUUCUAUUUAGCUAACUGUUCAUUCAUUUUAAUAAAUGGAAAUGAAUAACAAAAGCAGUCAUUGUUUGUUACUAGAACUGCUCUAUUACAAGGUGGAUUGAGUAUCAGAAAGAGGUUUGAGUGUUGUGAGAUGGUAAUG